AUGGGUGAAGCUUACCUUGAGAUAGGGCUCGAGGUGACGCACGAGUGUAUCAAGCUCAGUGCCCGUCAGGAACUUGCCAUACCUACCUGCAAUGCAGAUGGUGGCAAUGUAUGUUCCUGGACCGUCAAUGGUAUAGAUCUCCUUGUCAAGAUACCCCAAAACCGUCUUGAGACACUUGGUCAAGGGAGCUGUGACCCCAAGGACUGCUGCCUGAAUAAGGUGCCUGGACUCUUCCUGGUUCUGUUUUUCUUCAGCGCCGCCCUUUUUGGCCUCGGCGAUUACUUCGAUAUACUGAACAACAUCUGCAAGGCUGCCCCGUUCAGCCCCUCAGAGGGAGAUGGUGACGGUGUUGAUGUAACCAGUGUGGCCGAUGUGGCCGGUUUGGAGCUUGACGGUAUUGAUGUACCCAGUGUGGCCGAUGUGGUCGGUUAG